ACCGCUCGUUCCCGGGCAUCCUUCGCCUAGAUCUCUGGGUGGGCUUUCUGCUGCAGGCCAAGGGAUGGGAUGAGGGAAGGGGGGUGGGUCGGUGGGCUUUCCUGGGCCCGGGCAGGCAGCGUUGGAUUUGGGUAUUUGGGCGGUAGGUAGGCACCCACUGCACGCCCACCAGCGUGCUGCAUGAAGGGCGGCCGGCGCGACCCCACCAUGCUGCAUAUGGAAGAGAGCACAGAAGGGAAAAUGGGAGUUGACCAAGCAUUGAAGCAAGGGCUCGACCGCAUGUCAGCGACGCGAGUGGAGGAUGGGCUGGAGGAUGGGAGCAAGCAGGAGCGAGCAGGAGGCCGCAAUUCAACCCUCACCUUUUUCUACUCCGGCUCUUGUGUGUGUGUGGAGGCCGCCUCCCACCCACCAGCACACGCCUACCACUUUGUCCUGCCUGCCCCAGUUAGGAAGCAUGCGAGUCCCCGGGACGAUCCACGGCACUGGGGGAGCACGUUGAUUGUCAGGUGAGUCAGAUGUCCGAUAUUGCCAUGCCCCCUCCUCGCAUUGCGUACCUGCGCAUGCAUCAGCGUUGUGCGCUGCUUCCUCAGGCUAUAGCACCUGAUUCCAAUUUAAUGUCUGGG